GGUUCACAUAAACAAUUCUAUUAUGAAAACCCAGUCAUGGCCCUCCGCCUCUCGUGUUGGGGUAUUUAGUGCCAUCUAGUGGUAAGUGAUAAAACAACACUGGAAUCCAUUGGAAUCCGCCAUAAACUGCUCAUAUUAGAAAGCCAGGAAUGUUUGCAUCACGUUCAAUGACGACUUGGCUUCCAGUCCACCUUACUCCUCGGUGAUCCUAAUCUCUUUAAUCCCAUUACACCACCUUCAUCUGCUGGAGCUGCAGCCACCAGCACCACCAGGACAGGAUGAUGACUCCACUGAAGAUGAAGGACCACACACCAGAAGUCCCCCGGCGCGAAGAAAUGUCAAGCAUCCGAGUUAAAAAUACAACCUUGCGUCUGAACGGUCAAAACAUUCGGCCGGCAUCUAAAAACGUCCGCCAUUCAAAAACACCUGGCCAACAUUUGUCAGCGCCAACACAUGGAAAGGAGGCGGCGGCGGUGGCUCGGCUUACGGCGCCCCCGCUCAGUGGAGAGGCCACGCCGCAGUUGGACCCGUUUGAGUCAGACAGCGAGGCUGGGAAAGGACGCCCUCUGAGGUUGGCGCCUCUGGCGGAUGACGUGAUGAAGAGCCAGAGGGAAAAACUGUUCUUGUUCCAUCAGGAGGCUCAAAAUGCUGCCUCCGUGGUGAAGAUGGUAAAGGGAGCUCAUCAGCAGAGACCUCCAAGGCCCCAGAUGAUGAGGUCCGAGCCCCUGCAGGUGCAAUGUCCAGGCACCCGAGCCCAUCUGUGCAUUAAACCUGCUCCUCCUCCUCACUCGCAGAGAGUUAAAUCUACCCUCUACGGCGAGGCGUCACGCCAGAAGCUUAGCACCCUGCAGAGGGAUGCUGGGAGAAGGCAUGAUAGGCUGCGUAGAGAACCCUGCCUUAAAGAGGAUCAGUGCAACACAUCAGCAGGAUUAGCUAAAAUGGAGGUCCAUGGGACCAGAUGCAUGCUGGGAAAUACAGAGAAACACCUGCUGGAGACAAGGAAGUGAUAGGAAGUCCUUUUCCAGGAAGAAACAAACACACAAAAUACUAUUCUAAAAGACACAACAUUGCAAUAUUUCAUGACUCCAAUUUGCCAAGUGGACGAUAUAACUACUGUGAUUGGCUGGCCACCAGUCCAGGGUGUACCCCGCCUCUGGCCCAAAGACAGCUGGGAUAGGCUCCAGCACACCCGCGAGAUGAAUGGAUGAAUGGAUGAAUGACAAUAUAACUACUUAGUACUACACUGCCCCCUAAUGGAGCGGAGUGUCACACACAAGCCUGGUUUAACACAGAUUAGAAAGCUGACUACGAAAUAUAAAUAUAUUAUUAUUUAGUUUGAUAAAUUAAUAACAUUAGAAGUUGAAAUAAAAUUUAGAAUAUUUAUUAUAUUAUAUAUUAUAUAUAUUAUAUAUUUAUAUAUUAUAAUUAUGUAAUAAUUGUAAUAAUGUAAUUGUAAUUGUAAUAAUAAUUUUACACUUAAAUAAAGUGAAUAUGAAAAAUAGCAUCUGUUUGCAGAAAUCUGAAAUGUUGCAGUAUUUGAUGUUUUGUAAUAUUAAACUAAAAUAAAUUAUAUAUAAUGUUUAUAGGGGCGGCACGGUGGUCUAGGGGUUAGCGCGCAGACCUCACAGCUAGGAGACCAGGGUUCAAUUCCACCCUUCACCCUCAGCCAUCUCUGUGUGGAGUUUGCAUGUUCUCCCCGUGCAUGCGUGGGUUUUCUCCGGGUACUCCGGUUUCCUCCCACAUUCCAAAAACAUGCUAGGUUAAUUGGCCACUCCAAAUUGUCCAUAGGUAUGAAUGUGAGUGUGAGUGGUUGUUUGUCUAUAUGUGCCCUGUGAUUGGCUGGCGACUAGUCCAGGGUGUACCCCGCCUUACGCCCGAAGACAGCUGGGAUAGGCUCCAGCACCCCCUGCGACCCUCGUGAGGAAAAAGCGGUAGAAAAUGAAUGAAUGAAUGAAUAAUGUUUAUGGGCUGCACGCCGGACGAGUGGUUAGCGCGCAGACUUCACAGCUAGUGGAAUCGAGACAAAUGUUCGAUUCCACCCUCGGCCAUCUCUGUGUGGAGUUUGCAUGUUCUCCCCGUGCAUGCGUGGGUUUUACUCCGGUACUCCGGUUUCCUCCCACAUUCCAAAAACAUGCUAGGUUAAUUGUCCACAGGUAUGAAUGUGAGUGUGAAUGGUUGUUUGUCUAUAUGUGCCCUGUGAUUGGCUGGCCACCAGUCCAGGGUGUACCCCACCUCUCGCCCCAAGACAGCUGGGAUAGGCUCCAGCAGCCCCUUGUGAGGAUAAGCGGUAGAAAAUGAAUGAAUGAAUACAAUGUUGAUAAGUGGUGAAAUAUUUCCACUGACCAUAUGAAAUCAUUAUAUUGUGUGUAUUGCUAAUAAACUAAGUGGCUGUCAAGAAAAUAGGUUGUAUUUUUUAAAAAAUCUGUCAAAAAUUGUCCAAAUAGUUCAGCCUUUAUUUGACUGUUCUGCAAAAU